AUGGCAGAAACCAAACCGAAUGUGAUAUUUGUAUUAGGUGGACCAGGAGCUGGUAAAGGUACACAAUGUGUUCGAAUCGCCGAGACCUAUGGUUAUGUUCAUUUAUCAGCUGGUGAACUUCUACGAGAAGAAGCAGCUAAACCUGAUUCAACGUUAGGUAAAGAAAUAAAUGAACAUAUUAAAAAUGGUUCAAUUGUACCUGUUGCAAUCACUUGCAAGUUACUUGAAAAUGCCAUGAAAAAUAGUGGUAAAGAAAAUUUUUUAAUUGAUGGUUUUCCAAGAAAUAAAGAUAAUAUUGAUGGAUGGCAAAAAGCAAUGGAUGGAAAAGUUAAUAUUCAAUGUGUACUUUUCUUUGAUUGUGAUGAAAAAACCUGUAUUACUCGAUGUCUUGAACGUGGAAAAGCAAGUGGACGAACUGAUGAUAAUGAAGAAAGUUUAAAAAAACGAAUUGUUACUUAUAAUGAAUCAACGCGAUCGGUUAUUCAACUGUAUGAAAAAGAUAAUUUAGUUAAACGAAUUGAUGCUUCGAAUGAUGUUGAUAAGGUGCAAUCUAUUCAAUUUUUUUUUAUUAAACAAAAAAAAAUUUUUUUUUUUAUUGAAAUUCUAGGUGUUUCAAAAUAUUCAAAAUGUAUUGGACAGUAUCAAAUCAACAACUCAGUAAUUUCAUAG